UAGGUCCGUCCAAGUUUAUGCCUGGGCUUUGUUUUCAUUCGUUUAAAUUUCUAACCUGUAAUUGCAUUGGCCAUAAAGGAGCAACCGCGUUAUUAUAAUUCGCGUUUACUGCGGCUCUUCGUCUGACUCGAAGAACUAAAUCUCCCCUAUUAACAUUGUUGCACUCACACACAUUUCGUGAUGUGAACAGUCUUGGGAAUCACGUUGGCGGGAAAAAUCUAACCUGAUUUUAGUCCACCGAGAUUGAAGCUCACAAGUAGCUUACAAGUAUUACGACAUAUUCAUUUGGCCCUGCGCUUUCUAACGAUAUCAAAUGGCCGAGAAAUUGGAAGACCUGAACUUGCCCAAUGCUGUGGUUACUAGGAUCAUAAAAGAAGCCUUGCCUGAUGGAGUUACGGUCGGGAAAGACGCUAGGACGGCAGUAGCGAAAGCUGCAUCUAUUUUUAUAUUGUAUCUCACAUCGUCUGCCAAUAUAAUAGCCAAGAAAGGAAAUCGUAAAACCAUCAGUGGUCAAGAUGUGAUCCAAGCAAUGAUGGAUAUUGAGUUUGAUCAGUUCGUUGAUCCGCUACAGGAAUCAUUGGAAAAUUUCAAGAAGGCUCAGAAAGAAAAGAAAGAUGCUACAUCAAAGAAGAAGCAACAGAAGAAGGACGAAGAUGAUGCAGGGGAGGAAGAAGAUAUCUCCGGGAAAGAAAUUACAGUUUUCUGAUGCAUAUGAUUGAGCCGAGCUUGUUGUAUCUUAUUACCUAAAUUAUUAAAAGAGAAAGAAACAAGUCGAGUAAGAAGAUAAAAUCAUGUGUGAAUCAAAAUAA